AUGCCCCGUUCCAGCAGUCGGGAGCACGCCGGCCGGAGGCGCAGCCUUUUCGGCAUUCCCUCUUUCACCCAGAUUCAUCCUACUAGUACCACCACUCGCGACUCUCCGGACAAGCUGAACAAGGACUCCUCCAAGACGCUCAAAAAGCGUCGCGGCCCUACUCUUGUCACCAAUCUUGAAUCCUCACCAGAGCUGGUCCACGAUGAGGAUCCCUCGCCCACUUCGACAAGCACUCUACCUUCGCCGAAACCAGUCACACGCCCUUCCUUGAGUGUCCGGAGCGGCGGACGUCCAGUCUCAUCCGUGUUUGGCUCACUGAGGUCCAUGCGAUCCAUGCAUGAAGACGACACUCCUUUGACCACCACCUCAAGCCGAACGCCAUCCAUCAACUGGGCCGAUUUCGACGCCAACCAUUGCCGGAAAGGACUUGUUCUACACCAUGGCGAAGUUCAGACCAGCAGUAGCAUGUUUCGUAAGAAGAAAGAGUACCUGGUCUUGACAGACACCCAUAUUUUGCGCUACAAGAACCAAUCAAAGGCUGCCGAGACGAUUGGCAGUGUGCCUCCUCCAUUUGGCAGAAGUCCGACAAUUCGCCAUAGCUCGACCCACUCCAUUGGUUCCUCUCAGGACCUGCAAUCGCUACACUCGGAUUCAUCAGGCGACAAGGAAGGCCGAGUCACUCUCCGUCAUAUUGUCGCUGCGCACAGGCUCGACGAUGGCCGUCCUUAUUUUGCCAUUGAGGUUUGCUAUCUCGACGAGGACGGCUCUCAGGCUUCAGCUAUGGUCAUGCAAUUCGGGGAUCCCGAGGAUCGUGAUUUGUGGUUGCGCUCGAUCCGCCAGGCCGCGAACAAGGCUCGUCUGCAAGACCUCAAUCCCGUUUCUGUCGUCAACUCAAAAAAUGCCGCAAGAGCUGUCGAGCGCGAGAACGAUUAUGACCCUGCCAACUAUGCCAUCUACAAGGUCAUCCAGCGCCAAUUUUCAAAAUCACGAUCUUCCACUGAUGACUUGUCCAAAAUUGCAUCGACUGUAUGCUUUUUGGCCAUUGGCAUCCACAAAGUCCAUGUCAUUCCAUUGGUGAAGACCACUAGCCGUGUUUCGUCGCCUUCGCUGUCAGCAAGUAACGUCCCAACAUCAUACGGUAUCCUCAAUAUGUCGGCUGUUCGAGUCAGUCAAUCAGAUGAUCAUUUUGAGCUCACCUUCCGGCAACCCCUGAAAAGACCAAAGACUCUUUACUUGGCUUCCCUGGCGUCUCACGAUAUCGCCCUCCGUCUUUACCAUGUCGAGAACGUUCUUCGUCCGGAGUGCGCUUCUCGUAUGUUCAAGUUUAGCGUCCCACAGGAAAUCGACGAUCAGCUUCCUCCUACGGUCAAUUCGGAUACGGAGGAUCACUGCUGUUUCGAGCGUACGCUGACAGCAUAUUGCAUAGCAUACGAUGUUAAUCCAUCGAACAUAUGCUAUACCAUUGAUUAUACGUGCGAGGACGCGCCUCGCUUCCAGCUGCUACCUUUAGCGGACUCGCGUCGACAUAAGUAUAGUGCAGCCGAGUUGUUAGCUGUCAUGCGAGCUCUACGAUACAACGAAUCUUUCAAUUCGCUUUCUUUCGCUGACGUUCAGCUUGAUGUACUCAACGGACUUCACGACAGUUACGGCACCGAGCAUGUCUGCACGAGAACGAAACGAGGAACCCCAAUCCGCCUAACCGUUGAGGAACUUACCCAGUCCUGCCUAUUGAUCCAGGAAGUUCGUGCGCUGGCUGCGACGAACAAAAAGCUCCGAAGGAUGGACUUCUCUAGGUGUAUUGUCGCAAAACCUCCGGAUUAUACAGAUGACUCGGAGGCCAAAGUCAAGGAUAUUGGAUGUGGUGUUGUCGAAGCCCUUUCUCCACUUUGCAAGCAUCAGAUCACGAACGUUGACUGGAUUGCAUUGAAUGGUAUUCACCUAAGUGAGACCGAUCUUGAUUACCUGGUUGGUGCAGCAAGUGACAAGGCCUGCCACUUCCGGGCCAUUGAGUUGAGCAGGUGUUCGUUAACUGAUCGCACACUCAGUUUGAUCCUGGACUCUCUCCGCGCCCAGGACAACACACUAGAAGCUUUGGACAUUUCUGGAAAUCUUGCAAGACUUGCGCCGGCCGUGUUUGAUGGACAAAUCAGUGUGUUUGGUUUCAUUCGCAAGCUCAACUUGUCCUUUGCAUCUCGAACUUCGGGAGCCGAACCCUUGUUCAAUGCUGAGACUCUCCUUACCUGGCGUUUGGAAGAGCUCAGACUGACUGGCACAUCUCUCAACGAGAACACGAUCCAAGCGCUCGCAACAUAUCUCAAGCAUCCUCAAUCAGAUACACUCCGCGAGUUGUACCUAGACUCUGCAUACAUGUCUGGUAGUGAUAUUGCGACCAUUAUGCGCGCUACUAAGCGUGCCUCGAUCGAACCUCGUGCCCUCCAUCUUGACAUAAGUCACAACAACAUCACAAAGGACCACGAUCAGUUAUGCAAAGCCAUUUCGGAUGGUUCAACACCUACCCACAUCACUCUCCGAGCCAUCGAGUAUCGCGAGGAGUCGGUGUUCCGACAUCUGAUCAAUGCACUGAGAAAGAAUCAAAGCAUCAGAUAUCUUGACAUUUCCAGAACAACCUUACCAAGUGACGCCAACGAUGAUACCAGUCGUGCAUUGGAGUCACUUUUCGCGGAAAACUGCACGCUUGAAGAAUUAGAUAUUUCAGGAGAAGAUUCGCGUCUAGAAACCUCACGAUUUGGUGUCGGUCUCAACCAAGCAUUGAACGGUCUCCUUCAAAAUACAGGUCUGCACGUCCUACGAGUUCAGUACCAGAGGCUCGGCUUGCCCGGUGCUAGUAUGCUCGCAGAAGUCCUGAAGGUAAACAGAACGUUGCGAGAACUUCACUGCGAGCACAACGAUAUACCCCUCUCCGCCUUCACCGAUAUGAUCAAUGCUCUAGGCAAGAACACAACACUGGUGUACAUGCCAUACAUGGAUGAAAGUCGAUUAGCAGCUCUUAAGCAGACGGAGACGCAAGUCAAACAAAUACGCGACGAGGUACCGGCUACCACCUCACCAUUGAAACCUUCGAUUCCGGCACCGCUUUCUAAGCAACUGCCUUCGUCUUCGUCCUCAUCGGCAUUGCGUAAAGGUCUUGCCAACAUGAAGAGAAGCGUCAAUCGGAACAGUUCGGCCGCGCCUCCCUCUUUCCCCUCUUUAGCACCUACGCCGCGCCACGUCUCGUCUCCACUCGCGUCGUCGCGCCCAUUCUCGCCCUCUAAAACUAGGGCUAAUAGUAUCGCUGGCUCCCCCAUCACUGCACCAUCUGCUUCGCUCACCGACCAAGACAUUCAAGCCGCGUUACGCUUAGUGACGGAGUCCUGGGAUCGCCAACAAUACCGAUUGCAACAAUAUCUCGAGAGGAAUUGUUGCAUUCUUCAUGGCGUACCCACAUCUAUGGAGAUUGAAGAGGAGGCAUUUGAACGUGCGACUAGCGUCGGUACCUUGUCUCAGCUUAUCGAGAAGGUCAAACUAGAUUCAACACCUACCGCAGAAAAAGAGCUAGACUUUGGUGAUGAGUACAGACUUCCUGAGCUCAGCCUGGUGGGAAGUCAAGAGGGCAUGCAACCCCAGGAAGGAUUGAAGCUCUCAUUGCCUCCACGACUGCAGUUGCGACACGAUGUUGAAGAAGACGAACAACCGUCCUUCAGCUUUAAACAAUUUCUGCUAGGUCGUCAAGACAUGAGCAGUCCUGAGGAUAUGGUUGAUGGCGUAAGCUCUUCAGGCGCCGCCACUGAGGGCGAAGACAGCGAGUUGCCUAGUCCUGUGCUCGAGAUGGGCGGACCUGGUCCUAAAGGACUGGCUGGUCUAGGCAUCAACCAAGGAGAUCUCAAAACACCAACUCAGAAGAGUUUCUUUGGUUGA